AUGGAUAGCAAUAUAAUUACUGGUUCUUGUCAUUGUGGAAAUGUUAAAUUCAGAGGAGAAAUAGAAAAAAAUUUAAGGAAUUCGAUAACUGAAAAAUGUAAUUGUUCUAUUUGUUUUAAAACAAGGUUAUGGUAUAUUAAAGUAAAUGAAAAAAAUUUAGAAGUUAAUAAGGGGAAGGAUAAUAUGGAAAUAUAUGAAUUUGGUCAGAAGGACAAUACAUACUAUUUUUGCAAAAAUUGUCAUAUAGAACUAUUCGGACUAUACAAACCAAAAAACAAACCUAAUGUCAAUGCAUUUUACGUUGUCAGUGUUGCAACCAUUGACGGUUUAUCACCUAAAGAUUUAUCAGAAUUAAAGGUAAUUUAUUUAGAUGGUUUAAAUGAUAAUUUAGAAUCUAAACCAGAAUAUACACACUAUUUAUAA